AUGCCUUCAUGCGCGGUGAAAUGGUGUGGGAAACAUUCCAAGACAUCUAGUUACAAAAAGGAUGGCAUAACUUUUCAUCGAUUUCCGAAGAUACCGGAACUAAAAGAAAAGUGGAUAGAGAAAGUUAAUAGGGAGAAUUGGUUUCCAACAAAGUACAGCGCUGUAUGUUCAAGGCACUUCACUCCCGAUUGUUUUGAAUAUUUAAAACAACGCCGCCGUCUGUUUAGUUCAGCGAUACCAACGAUGUUUUUGCCUAUUUUGGCUUCACCAAAUAGUAUAACUGACUCUAAUGCUAAUGUACCUGUGCCUUCGCAUCACAAUAUCGCCGCCAGUUCAUUAUCGAAUAAACAAGUGCAUGUUGAAGCUAAUACAUCAACUGAAGACCAGACUCCUUUGCAUGAAAUUUCUAGCUCAACAAAAAGUAACAAAGAAAUAGACCCAGUAAUUGUAGACCUGACUCCACGUAAACGCAAAAUGAAACGACACAUAGACCAUCUUAUAUAUUCUCUUAGUAAAAAAAAGAAAGAGGUUAAGAGGCUUCAAGAUAAAAACAGAUUAUUGAACAAAAAGCCGCUCUUCUAA